CCUCGCGAGAUCCGGGAGACUAUAAAGCCACAGACACCGAGCUUGAGUGUAGGCAGUGUAGUUAGCCUGUGGAUCCGGUUUCUGCGUGUAUUAAGUUGCGGUUAAGGAGCCCGCCUUUCCUUGAUCCCAUAUCAAGAUGUCUGCAGGAAAUGCAUUUAUUGGGAAACCAGCCCCUGACUUCAAAGCCACAGCUGUGAUGCCAGAUGGGCAGUUCAAAGACAUCACCCUCUCUGACUAUAAAGGAAAAUACAUUGUGUUCUUCUUCUAUCCCCUUGACUUCACCUUUGUUUGUCCAACUGAGAUUAUUGCAUUCAGUGACAGGGCUGAUGAAUUUAAGAAACUUAACUGUCAAGUAAUUGGAGCUUCUGUUGACUCUCACUUCUGUCACCUUGCCUGGGUCAAUACUCCUAAGAAGCAGGGUGGAUUGGGUAACAUGAACAUUCCACUGGUUUCAGAUACAAAACGCAUCAUUGCUAAAGAUUACGGAGUAUUAAAAGAGGAUGAAGGUAUUGCGUACAGAGGCCUGUUCAUUAUUGAUGAUAAGGGAAUCUUGCGUCAAAUAACCAUUAAUGAUCUCCCUGUUGGCCGCUCAGUUGACGAAACUCUCAGAUUAGUCCAGGCUUUCCAGUUCACAGAUAAACAUGGCGAAGUUUGCCCAGCUGGCUGGAAACCUGGGAGUGAAACAAUCAAACCCGAUGUUCAGAAAAGCAAAGAAUUCUUCUCCAAGCAGGAGUAAACAUGCUGCCUGUGCUCAACUGUGUUAGACUAGUAUCCUCAGCCUGCCUUCUGGAAAAAAACAAGAGCAUCAAGUAUCUCUUUGGAAUUUUCUGACUAUUUAAAGGUUGCAUACUGUGAGUCAAGAGAAGUCUUGUCUGUAGGAGUCGACCAUCCUUUUGACUAGUCUUACUGACAAUACCUUCAUAUAGAAUUCUAAUGAUCAAUACUUGUGUAUCAUGCCUUGUUGACUUCAAUGACCAGUGCAGUGUAAGUGGUUGGGUCAGUGUUUCAUGUAGCCCAGCUGUAUCUGACAUUUUUCUAACUAUUAAACUCCAUAGAAACUG